UCCAAGUUUUAUCAAACUUCAGUGGCGCAAAUUAUUCAACGGUAAUAAAGAUAAGUAUUAAAUUAAAAAUAACAUUUAAUUUGGCAUCAUAAUCCAAAAUGUUGAUAAAAUUAAACAGGUUUUUAUGCUCAUUGAUCCGCUUAAAUACUCAGAAAAUGGAUAGCAACGUUAAACUGUCUACAGCGGUUCCUAAAGAAGACGCAGUGAAAGUUGGAAAGUGGGAUAUAAAUUAUUUAACCGUUGGCAAUGGACCACACACUGUACUUCUUGUACCCGGCGCGUUGGGUACAAUAUGGACGGACUUUAAGCCGCAAGUCGAAGGCUUCAACCGUGAGAAGUUUACGGUCGUAGCCUGGGACCCGCCCGGCUAUGGGAAGAGCAGGCCACCGGUCAGAGAUUUCCCAGUUGAUUUCUAUGAAAGAGAUGCUGAUUAUACUUAUGAAUUUAUGAAAGCAUUGAGAAUACCUAAGUAUUCUGUGUUGGGCUGGAGUGACGGAGGCAUUGUAGGCAUGAUCCACGCAGCAAAAUACCCAGAAGCAGUGCAGAAGUUGGUGGUGUGGGGCACCAACUCACUCAUCCUGCCCCAAGAGCUGGAACUGUACAAGAAAACCAGAGACAUCAAAACUUGGUCAGAGAGGAUGAGGAAGCCAAUGAUAGAAGCAUAUGGUGAAGAACUGUUUGCCAAGUACUGGGCGGAAUGGGUUGACGCCAUGGCAGGCGUCUUCAAAGCUAACAAUGGGGACCUCUGCUCUCAGCGGCUCAAGGACAUCGUGGCUCCCACCCUCAUACUUUAUGGCGAGAAAGAUCCGAUGGUUGAUAAUAUGCAUGUGUCACAUUUACAUACCCAUAUAAAAGGAUCAAGAAUACACUUGUACCCGGAAGGCAAGCACAACAUACAUCUCCGGUACGCAGAAGAUUUCAACCAACGUGUUCAAGAUUUCUUACUACUACCUACCGCGUAAUGCAUGUAGUAUUAUUAGAUUAAACACCUAGGCCAGUAAAGUAAGGAAUGCCUCAGAUAACAUGUAAUUAUCGGCCGAGGCGAGGCUUUCUUAUUUACUGGCCAAAGUGCCACUAUUUUUGUGUUCAAUGGAGCCGGGAAGCGGUAUCUUCUUUUAGCUCAGCGGCCUGAAAGGCAUGACUGUGGGUAGAUAAGCAUAUAUCACAAGUUCAUUAUAUAUAUAAUAACUAAAUAAGAAAUAUAAGCUGUAAUAAGAAAAUACUGUAUAAAAAUUUAUUUCAUGUUAAGCAAUUUAAAUGAAAUAUAUGAGGAGU